AUGUCUUCAUCCUUAUUUACUCUUACGUUUCUUUUUCUGAUCUCUUUCUUUCAAAUCAAUGCUACACCUACACCUGGAUCUGAAAGUCAAGGACGAAAUUUAAUUCAAUUUGGUAGUAUGAUCGGACAAGCAUUAGGCAAAUCUCCAUUAGAUUAUAAUGGUUAUGGUUGCUGGUGUGGAUUUGGUGGUAAAGGUGAACCAGUUGAUGGCACAGAUGCUUGUUGCAAAGCUCAUGAUCAUUGUUAUGAUGAUAUUAUUCAUUCUCGAACAAGUUUCCUUUCAUGCUCACCUUAUGUCAGUUUUUAUAGUUGGGAUUUAGAUUCUAACACUCAGCUUCCACAGUGUAGAGAUGCACCAGGUUCAUGCACACAUCGUGUUUGCGAAUGUGAUCGUAUUGUUACUGAAUGUUAUAAACAACAUGCUCAUACAUUUAAUAAAUCUUUAAAAUGUCCCAAAUAA